AUGCCUGUGCUGUCACAGGCACAAUUAGAGCAUCUCGUUGCAAUCAUUGCUGUGCGGCGAGACUCGUCGAGGAUGAAGUAUGUUAACAUGGGUGGUGAUGAUGGAGCAAGAGAAGAUGCCGUUCUAGUGAUUCGUGUCGAUGAUCGAUCCAUCACAGCCGACCUCCGUACGGACUGGCUCUUGACUUUUUUCCCCCGUUUGCCUCGGCACACUCAGUCAGUUCACCCACGUUAUCGCCGAAAACAAACUCUGAUCUGCGGCGAGGUGCUUUUUAUCGAGCUUACGGGAUUCGAUCACGAAAAUGGGCCGAACGGACCCCAACACAGUUCCCAGAAAGCUACACCGGUAUUCUCUGUCAAGCCUUUCGGUGCUGAAUGA